UCUCUUUUUUUCUACAACCGGCAUGUAAAUACUACUUAGCUGCGCUUUGCAUAGAUACAAUUAUCUUAGGUUUGAUGUUAGGAAUAGCUCAUUUAAAUAUAUCCGACCGUUACAGAACUUUAUAGCUAGGUGUAAACUAGUUAGUGAAGAGUGCUACUGUCAUGAUAGCGUGAUCUGUUUGGGUGAGAGAUGCUGUCCCCCUGCCUUCCACAGCUCCGACUCAUCUCCUGCUCCUUUCUUCUUAUUUUGCUUUUUCAAGCCGGCGACACCAAGAGAGAUUUAAAAAGCGCCUGCAGCACCUGCCAGCAAAUUACUGAGAACUUCAACAAGGGCUAUGAUAGAACAGCAAAGCAGAACUUUGGAGGAGGCAACACAGCAUGGGAGGAGAGAAAACUGUCCAAGUAUGAGACAAGUGAGAUUCGCCUGAUGGAGAUCUUGGAGGAUCUGUGUGAUAGCAGCAGCUUUGAGUGCAACCGUAUGGUGGAGGAACACGAGGAGCAGUUUGAGACCUGGUGGUUUAAAAAGAAAACCAAACAUCCAGAUCUGCAUAAAUGGUUUUGCAUAGACACCAUCAAGGUCUGUUGUCCAAAGGGAACAUUUGGACCUGAUUGCAAUGCUUGUCUAGGGGGCUCGGAGAGGCCGUGUCAUGGAAACGGGGUGUGUGACGGCGAUGGGACCCGCGGAGGCAACGGGAAGUGCAGCUGCGACCACGCCUAUAAGGGGGAGUUCUGCUUAGACUGCGUCGACGGGUAUUUCAACCAAGUCAGAAACGAUACCUACUCUUUGUGUACAGAGUGCGACGCGUCGUGCAAGACCUGCACUGGCGCCACCAAUCAGGACUGUGAUGAGUGCAAGGAGGGCUGGGAGAAGGAUGACCAAGAAGCUUGUGUCGAUGUGAACGAGUGUGCCAAAGAGCCUUCACCGUGCAAAGAGGAUCAAUACUGCCUUAAUGCUGAAGGUUCCUACUCCUGCAAUGGUUGUGACGAGGCGUGCACCGGCUGCACUGGAGGUGGUCCUGAUGAGUGCCAGGCUUGUGCUGAAGGAUACAAGGAUGUAGAAGGAACCUGCACUGAUAUUGAUGAAUGUUCACAGUCGGAGCCUGCGUGUGUGAAGGAGAACCAGGAGUGUGUCAACAAUAAAGGCAGCUUCAUCUGCAUCUGCUCCAGUGGCUAUGAGGAGGAAGAUGGCGAGUGUGUCCAACAGAGCGAUGAAAAGGAGGAGUCUGAAGCAUCGGAGACGACUCCAGGGCCACAUGGGGAGCUCUGAUGUUGAAACUUGGACCCGUAUAUGAACGAACUGAACCUCAUUACUUUUUUUUUUUUAAACUUGACCGCAAUCAAUAUACCACAUGUUUUCAAAACCCACCAGUGUUUUCCAGCAGUGGAAUUGGACAGAAACAGGACAUUUUAUGCCACUGUUCAUUUGUUUUAAUAAAGUUGUUUCAAUAAACGUGAAUAAUGUUGAA